GAAAUACAUGUAUCUGAUAGAGCUAAUGCAUACAAAAAGGCACUAGCUGAAGGAGCAAUGGAUGUUGCCUAUUCACGUGUUCUAUUCCUGGGUACUGCUGGUGUGGGGAAGACAAGCUUUAAACGUUCUCUCAUGAAGUUACCAUGGGAACCUAACACUACCAGUACUGUAGUAGCUGAUGUUAGCAGGAUUCGCCCAUUCACACGUGGCUGGCGCACACUCGAAGAAGAUCAAUGGAGAGUUGUAUCAUAUGAAGAUGAAAUUAAAGAAUUAGCUGGAUUAAUAUUGGCCGUUUAUAAGAAAGAACCUGAUGCUACUUCACCUGUUUGUAAUGACAGUUUUCAGCCUAAACAAGAAAUCAACAAUGAAAUUAGUUAUGAAGUUGAAAAAAUUAUUUCUGAUGCUUUAUCAUACAUUAAAGACCAUGAUCUGUCAGAAAAUUUAAAGCCACAACCAUUUCUUCAUUUUUGGGACUGUGGUGGUCAACUGCCUUUUCUUGAAAUUUUACCAGUUUUUCUUACUUCUCGUACAUUAUUCUUUCUUAUUUUCGAUGCAGAGAAAGAUUUGAAGUUAAACUGGCAAUCAGUCAUUAAUAUUGAAGGUGAGAGCUUGGAGCAAGAGGAGGUUCCUAUGACGACACUUGAUUACAUGCUCAGUUGGAUGGCUAACAUUCAUGGUCACUUAAUGACAUAUGAUAAUGAAGGAAGUUUUUGUGCGUUUCCACGAAUGUAUUGUGUUGGUACUCAUGGUGAUCGUGUAAAGGACAGGAAAUCUGAAAUAAAAAGGGAACUAGAACGGAAAUAUCAGGGUAAAGAUUUCAGUGCUUUAAUUGAAGGUACUGUAAUUGUUGAUAAUACCACUUCUGGACAAGGUGAGGCUGAAGACCCAUCCCUUCAAGCUUUAAGGGAAGCUGUCGUUGGGUUUACACAAAAAAAACUUGUUUUAAAAACACCUCUUAGUUGGGUUCUCUUUCGAAAAGUUAUUCAGGUUCUCAGCAAAAAGUUUAAUGUCAUUAAUUUUGAAGAUGCCAGUAUCAUUGGAGCUGCUAGUAAAAUUCCUCCUGAAGAUGUACCUCAUGCCCUCAUGUUUUAUCAUGAACUGGGUGUGUUGCUGUUCUACCCGCAAAUUGAUGGCAUAAAGGAUAAGAUUGUUAUCAAUCCUAAUUAUUUUGUGGAUGCUCUUGGAGAAAUUUUUCCAUUAAGUGUGAAUCCUGACAGAGAAAGGUACCAUAUGGAAUGGGAGGUCUUUCAAAAGUAUGGGAUACUUGUCCAACCACUUUAUAUUGAGCUAUGGAACAAUUAUAAAGAUAUAUCACCAGAAUUCUUUAUUGAAGUACUUGUUCAUUUUCGCAUUGCUGUUGAAAUUAAGACAGAUAAGUAUCCUUCUCAUUCCAAGCAAUAUUUUAUGCCACUUGUUCUCAAGUCAACACGAGUUAACAGCAGCUCAACAUUACCUUCAGAUUCCAUUCAAGCAGCACCACUUCAUAUUACCUUUAAUAGUGGAUAUGUACCUCCUGGUUUCUUCACUCGUUUUGUGGUUGUACUAGCGAACAAAAUGGAACUUUGUUUUGAGAAAGAUAUUUACAGAAACCAUGUCACAUUCCGUUAUCAGGAUCCCAAUUGUAACAGUAUUGAGCAUGUAACAGUCACUGAUUGUACUGAUGACAUUCAGAUCAAUGUAAUACAUCAUCCUUCUGAACAAGAUUCAGUAUCUUUCAAAAAAAUUUGUCAAGAUGUCCGAGUUCUUUUGGAAGAUGCAGCAAAAGAAGUGGAAGACAUUUUAAAGAAGUGUGCCAGUGGAUGUACUGUUGAUAACAAGCCAACUCAAUAUAUAUUCACAAAAAAGUUUAAGUAUGUCUGCACUAGUUGUCCUUCAAAUACUUCAUCCCAUUAUAUAAAACUUCCCCCAACCAAUCAAAAUCAACUUUCUCAAGUUUUUUGUGAAAAUAAUAAAAGCUACCGAUCUUUAACUGAAAAUGAGAAAGUGUGGUUCAAGGAUACUAGUCAGUUUUUUAGUUAUAAUAGCUCAAGUGCCAGACAAUCUCAAAGCUUUAUUGAUUCAACACCACUUGUGACAACAACCAUAUCAUCCAUAGCGACAGCAGUGCCAGCAGCAUCACAAGCCAGAAAUAAUCCUACAUCAAGAGAAAAUGAAGGAGUAAUUAGUACUUGUAGUUCUGAUGUGUCUUGUAUAGAAGAUACUAGUACUAAGCUAGACAUUACUGAUCUUGAUGAUGUCCGUGAUGAGUUACAGUCAAUUGAUUACACUGAAUGGAAAGACUUGGGUCUUAGCUUAGGACUGUACUACAAUACAUUGGAAGCGAUUGAAGAAAAGUGUAGAGGAAAUGCUAGAAAGUGUCUACUGGAGUGCAUGGCUGCCUGGUUAAAAGGAGAAGAUAAAGUGAGACAGAAAGGAGGUCCCAGUUGGUCAUCACUAGCUGCAGCACUGGAAAAAAAUGGAGCAAAUAACGUUGCUAGUAACAUUAGAGCAAAGUAUAUAUAGACUAUUUAGGCCGUAAUUUUUUCUGCUGUUAUUAUUUUUAUUAGUUGUAGAAUUAUUAGUUUUUGUAGUAUUAAAGUAUUUUAGUUUAUGCAUUAGACUGAGUAUUUUUGUAGCUGAAA